CGCCCCCGGAUGUGACGCCAGCGCAACCGGAAGCGCCGUCGGGAGCCGUAAACAACCGCCGGGCUUCCAUCUUUGCUGAGCCCCGCGCGGACCAUGGGCGGCGUCCUGGGCCUCUGCUCCCUGGCGAGCUGGAUACCAUGCUUGUGUGGAAGUGCCCCAUGCCUGCUCUGCCGAUGCUGCCCCAGCGGAAACAACUCCACCAUCACUCGGCUGAUUUAUGCAUUCUUUUUACUCCUUGGUGUGAGUGUUGCUUGUGUGAUGUUAAUACCAGGCAUGGAAGAGCAGCUGAAAAAGAUUCCUGGAUUUUGUGAUGGAGGGAUGGGAACAACUAUUCCUGGUGUGCAUGGCCACGUGAAUUGUGAUGUACUAGUUGGUUACAAAGCAGUGUACCGUGUGUGCUUUGGUAUGGCCAUGUUCUUCCUUCUCUUCUCCUUAUUGAUGAUCAAAGUGAAAAGCAGCAAUGACCCAAGAGCAGCAGUGCACAAUGGAUUCUGGUUCUUUAAAUUUGCAACAGCACUUGCUAUUAGUGUUGGAGCUUUCUUCAUACCAGAGGGACCAUUUACAACUGUGUGGUUUUAUGUAGGUAUGGCUGGAGCAUUCUGCUUUAUUCUUAUUCAGCUGGUGUUGCUUAUUGACUUUGCCCACUCCUGGAAUGAAUCUUGGGUUGAAAAAAUGGAGGAAGGAAACUCAAGGUGCUGGUAUGCAGCUCUGCUGUCAGCUACGGCUGUCAAUUAUCUGCUGUCUCUGGUAGCCAUUGUCUUGUUUUAUGUUUAUUACACUCAUCCAGAAGGUUGUUCUGAAAACAAGACAUUUAUCAGUGUCAAUAUGCUGCUGUGUAUUGGUGCGUCUAUAAUGUCAAUUCUGCCAAGGAUUCAGGAAUCUCAGCCGAGAUCUGGUUUGCUGCAGUCUUCUGUGAUCACAGUUUAUACGAUGUAUUUGACUUGGUCAGCUAUGACCAAUGAACCAGACAGGCGCUGUAACCCAAGUCUGCUGAGCAUCAUUGGUUACAACAGCACCAUUGUUCCAGUCCAAGGUCAGGUAGUUCAGUGGUGGGAUGCGCAAGGAAUUGUAGGACUGAUUUUGUUUUUGCUGUGUGUUCUCUAUUCAAGCAUUCGAACAUCCAACAACAGCCAAGUUAACAAGCUGAUGCUGACCAGUGAUGAAUCAACACUGAUAGAGGAUGGAAUGCCCAGGAGUGACGGCUCCCUUGAUGAUGGAGAUGAUGUUCACCGAGCCAUAGAUAAUGAGCGGGAUGGAGUUACUUACAGUUACUCCUUCUUUCAUUUCAUGCUUUUCCUGGCAUCACUGUAUAUCAUGAUGACGCUUACCAACUGGUACAGUCCGGAUUCUUCUUAUGAGACAAUGACCAGCAAAUGGCCGUCUGUCUGGGUGAAGAUAUCUUCCAGCUGGAUUGGCAUCGUGCUGUACGUGUGGACUCUGGUUGCUCCGCUGGUUCUUACAAACCGUGACUUUGACUAAGCAGUGCUGCUCUCUAGGGAGAUUGUGUUAGCUUCACUGUUUCUUUGAAGCAAACAGUAUUCCAGAUAAUAGUGCAGUUGUAAAUACGUGUGUGUGUGCGCGUGUGUGUGUGCGCACGUGCUAUCCAUGUAGUAUACCCUGCUUUAUUCUGCAUGAUUACAUUGAAUCAUGUCUUUUGUCAUUUCACUUAAAUGACUUUUUCUAGCUGAGCUCAGUGACAAUUGCUAGAAUGAUGAUUUUCAUAGGAUUACUCCUAGAUUGAGUGCUUCAGGAGCAGUAGAUAUCAACACCUUUUGAAAGUAGGUUUAUCCCCUCAGUUGCUUUAAAAAGUUGUAGAGGAAAAAAGUGCAAGUGUUAGUUAGGGUAACAAGACAGUAUUAGGUCAGGCUUUGCAAGCAGAGGAGGGGCUGCCUUUGAUAAUCCCUGUUGCCUUGAUUCUGAAGCCAGUCUUGAGUAAGUAUUGUUAGACUCAAAAUAGUGCAUGCUUGGAGUUUAUUGGACAUCUUGCCACACUUUGGUACUGACAGCCUGACCUUUUCCCCUGCUGUGGGUGGUAAUACCUUUAGUAUGGAUGUUAAAUGCAGAAGCUUGUACCUAACGCUGUGGAGGAGCUGAUGUCUGUCUUGGUGCUGUUGGGUCUGAUGGGUCCUGUUGCAAACAGGGGGACGGACACUCUGGGGAAAAACAUGUUGGUAUCGGACGCUAAGAAGCAUGUUUUAAGGCACCUGUUUAUAAUGUGCAUCUGUGUACUAUUUUUUAAAAGUAGUUUAAAUGGGUUAGCUGUGCUGUAAUUUAUUGCUGUUUUGUGUGCCACUUUCUUUCUUGGCUGAGCUACAAUCACAGAGGUUGAAAGGAGCCAAGUGAUGAAAACUGUAAGCCCUUUAGUGGAAUUACUUUAGCAUUGUGGAUAAAAAGAAAUGGAGGAAAAGGAGCACUGAAAUCACAGUAAGUAAAGGAGGCUUGCAUUAACUAAGGCUUCAACAAAAGUGUUUCUUAAUGUAUUGGGGGCUCUAAAUUUUGAAAUAUUCUAAUGUAUUGGGUAUUUUUCUCAUUGUCCAUUGCUAGAGAUGGACUGGAGCAUAGAAAGUAUAAAUCUAGGCAUAAGGCAAGGUAUUAGGCCGUUUGAUUAAAGUACUGUAUAGUUCCUGCGCACUUAUGAAAUCUUAAAUGCUUUUGUGCUUGCUGCUUUGACCGAAGUAGGUAAGCUGCAUUAUUUAUAUCUGCUAAUUGCUAGAGCUUGAGACCAGAGCAGCCUGACUGGGAGUGACCAGAGAGCCUUCAGCAGACAUCGUGCUGAUCUGUUAUCGUGGUGUUUGUACUGUUACUUCCUGUUGCUAAUUAUUCUCUUAAGCUUUUAUUUUAAUUCUGCACCUAAACACUGACAUUUACUGCAGAAGUCUGACAUCUUGGUCAAAUUUGUGAUGGUAGUGGAAGGACCCAGUAAAGGCUUGUAAUAAUUUGGAAUAUGUUGUUACCUUAUUAAUAAAUAAAUUUGGAUGAAGAUG